UAAAUUGGCACAACAUGAAAAGAUAUUUGAUUUGUUAUUCAUUGACGAAGUUCCGAAAAGUGAGUCAGGAAAAAUUUUAAGAAGGGUUUUGAGAGAGGCAUUAAUGUGUGAACUUAUUGACGAUCAAGGCGACUAUUUUAUUGUCAGUCGAAAAAGAGAUUGGAUAAAAUAUAAUAGUAAAAAUCAUAUACAAUUGGGAAACGGCGUAUCUAAAGUAGUACAUGAUAAAUAUAACUACAAA